AUGCCGCAGGCUGCGAGGUGGGCGGGGACGCCCUCCAUCAAGGGCCGGAAUCAGUCUACGAGGAUGGCGCUUUUGACGUUUAGUUUGGUCGGAUUGCAGUUCACGUGGGGUACUGAGAUGACUUAUUGUACACCUUACCUUCUUCAGCUCGGUCUGACGAAGUCUAAAACUUCGUUGGUGUGGAUUGCUGGCCCGUUAUCUGGGUUGAUUAUCCAGCCUCUUAUUGGAGUUAUUGCUGAUCGAUCACGAUCGAAAUGGGGUCGGCGUAGACCUUUCAUGAUCUUUGGGUCGUUUGUUGUCGCCUUCUGUCUGCUUGUCUUAGGGUGGACGGCUGAGAUUGUUGGUUUAUUUGUAAAAGAUCCGGAAAAGGCUAAGAAUGGCACAAUUGCCCUGGCUGUAGUGAGUAUUUAUGCGGUGGAUUUCUCCAUCAACGUUGUUCAAGCAUGCUGUCGCGGUCUGAUUGUGGAUACGCUACCGAUUCCAUCGCAACAAGCUGGGUCCGCAUGGGCCGGGAGAAUGUCCGCCAUUGGCCAGCUCUUUGCUUAUGUGGUUGGUGCUAUCGAUACCGUGAGCAUCUUUGGUACUUUCCUUGGAGAUACGCAGUUCAAGCAGAUGACAGUGAUCGCUGCUUUGUCGUUGGUGUUGGCUGUGGCAGUCACUUCAUACUCGGUAAAAGAGCGAGUUCUUAUCUCGGCAAGGGAUGACGGAAGUGCUGGUGCUAUUCAGGUCCUGUCCCAGCUGUUCAAAACUACUUUCGAACUACCGCCUCGCAUCCAAGCAAUUUGCUGGGCCCAGUUUUGGGCUUGGAUUGGAUGGUUCCCCUUCCUCUUCUACAGCACGACCUGGGUUGGUGAAACAUACUUCCGUUAUGAAGUACCAAAAGACGACAUGGCCAAAGCAACCGAUAUGCUUGGUGAAGUCGGCCGCGUGGGCAGUCUAUCAUUAACGGUCUUCUCAUCCAUCACAGUCCUCAGCUCUGUACUCCUACCCUUUUGCAUCAUGCAGCCCGAUAGCAAGCGGACACGCUUCACCGCACGACCCCCGCCAAAGGUCGCAGCGGUUCUCAAAGCCAUCAGCGCAAUCCGACCAGACCUCCAAACCGCCUGGCUGAUAUCCCACGUCAUGUUCGCCGCCACAAUGAUAUUCGCCCCUCUAGCACACUCGCGCGCCUUCGCAACCUUCCUAGUAGCAGUAUGCGGUAUCCCCUGGGCAAUCAGCGGCUGGGCCCCCUUCGCCUUCAUGGGCGUAGAAAUCAACAAACUAACAAUGGGCGGCUAUUCCCCCGCAAUCCCAUCCUCACGAUCCGGCGUGACAAUGAUCACCUCCGCCAGCCUCCGCAACUCCGCCGCCGACACCGAGCUGGAUGUCCUCCGGCUGAACCACCACGAUUCCACCGACAGCGACACCGACGAGGAGGACCGCGCCUCCAACAUCCCGUCAACAGGCGAACUGGCCGGCAUCUACCUGGGCGUGCUGAAUGUGUACACGACGCUACCCCAAUUCGUCGGCACCUUCAUCAGCUGGAUCGUCUUCAGCCUCCUCGAACCAGGCGCCGAGCCCGCGGCCAACAACAGUUCGGACACGCAGUGGAUGAACCUGGACAAGGAGAGGUAUAACGCCAUCUCCAUAUGUCUCUUCAUCGGGGCAAUAAGUGCUCUCGUGGCGGCUGAGGCUACCCGUCGUCUGCGGUUUAUACUAUGA